UCCGGCGCGCCGCGAGGGUCGCCGGGACGGGUUUGCCUAGCGGUCCGAGGUGUGCUGCUGCUGAACCGGUGCCGCGGCGACGCCCGUGUCCCUGCUGUCUUCCUCGGGCUCCCCGGGGCUUGACCCCCGGGGCUCUCGGCAGGCGUCGGUGAAGAGCCUGCGGAGAGAACCUGUGCUCCCACGCCCGCCCUCUACAACCCCAUAUCACGACUCCGAGGAAGGGGAGAGAGAGGGGCUGUCGCGACUCCGUGCCGUGUGUCGCCGGGCGGGGCCGCGGGGCCGGGGCUCCUCUAGCCCCCGGGAUGCGCGCGCGAGCCCUCGUCUCCACUUCCUUGUUGCCACUGCCACGACUGGAGCCGCCUCUCUCCGACAGCGGGGAGCGCGAGUGCGCCGGCCAGCCCCCCCGUCGAGCCCCCUGGCCGGGCGCCUCCGGGAAUGUGAGCCGCGCGGCUUGCACGCUUCUCCGGCCAUGGAUGCAUCAUAUGAUGGUACUGAGGUAACUGUCGUGAUGGAGGAAAUUGAGGAAGCCUACUGUUACACCUCCCCUGGGCCACCCAAGAAGAAGAAAAAGUAUAAAAUACAUGGAGAAAAGGCCAAGAAACCCAGGUCUGCUUACCUUCUGUACUAUUACGACAUCUACCUGAAAGUGCAGCAGGAGCUCCCCCACCUCCCUCAAUCUGAGAUCAAUAAGAAGAUUAGUGAGAGUUGGAGGCUUCUCAGUGUGGCCGAGAGGAGUUACUACUUGGAGAAAGCCAAACUAGAGAAAGAAGGUUUGGAUCCUAACUCUAAACUCUCUGCACUGACCGCUGUGGUUCCGGACAUCCCAGGUUUCCGCAAGAUCCUCCCUCGCUCAGAUUAUAUCAUCAUCCCCAAGAGCAGCCUGCAGGAGGAGCGGAGCUGCUCUCAGCUAGAGCUGUGUGUGGCCCAGAACCAAAUGUCCCCUAAAGGACCAUCCCUUCUGUCCAACACUGCCCUGGAGACAGUGCCCAGCCGUGCAGGCAUGGCAGAACAAUGCCUGGCUGUGGAGGCCUUAGCUGAGGGUGUGGGAGCCCUUGCCCAGCCAGGCGCUGUACAGGAGAUCACCGCCUCAGAGACCCUGGGCCCGGAUGUGCUCCUAAGUGAGGCUUCCCUGGAGGUCGGGGAGAGCCACCAGCCCUACCAGACAAGCCUGGUAAUUGAAGAGACCUUAGUGAACGGCUCACCAGACCUCCCCACUGGAAGCCUGGCUGUGCCCCACCCCCAGGUGGGGGAGAGCAUGGCAGUGGUAACAGUCAUGAGGGAUUCCAGUGAGAUUAGCUCCUCUGCGCCAGCUGCACAAUUCAUCAUGUUGCCUCUUCCUGCCUACUCGGUUGUGGAGAACCCCACCUCCAUCAAACUGACUACUACGUACACCCGACGGGGCCAUGGGACAUGCACCAGCCCAGGCUGCUCCUUCACAUAUGUCACCAGGCACAAACCACCUAAGUGCCCUACCUGUGGUAACUUCCUAGGAGGGAAGUGGAUCCCCAAGGAAAAGCCAGCCAAAGUCAAAGUGGAAUUGACUUCUGGAGUCUCCUCCAAAGGCUCUGUGGUUAAAAGAAAUCAGCAGCCUCUCACCUCCGAGCAAAAUUCUGCUAAGGAAAACUCUUCCAAACUGACUCUGGAGAACUCAGAAGCUGUAAGCCAGCUCCUAAGUAUAGCUCCUCAAAGAGACAUGGGUGAGGAGAAUGAGUGGGAGGAAGUGAUCAUCUCAGAUGCCCAUGUUUUGGUCAAGGAAACUCCUGGGAAUCGUGGUACAGCAGUCAUUAAGAAGCCAGUGGUCAAGAGUGGUGUGCAGCGUGAGGUCUCUCUGGGGACAGCUGAGAAUGACACUCCUGGACUAGACAUGCCACCACCAGCUGAGGGGACCAGCACCUCCAAUUCACUCCCUGCUCCUAAAAAGCCUACAGGAGUUGACCUGCUUAUUCCUGUGCCCAGAGCCUCAGAGCUUAAAGGCAGAGCACGGGGCAAGCCCUCAUUACUGGCUGCAGCAAGACCCAUGAGAGCAAUUCUUCCAGCCCCAGCUAACGUGGGUCGAGGCAGCAGCAUGGGACUGCCCAGGGCCAGGCAGGCCUUUCCCCUGAGUGAUAAGACUCCCUCUGUGAGGACUUGUGGCCUGAAGCCAAGCACGCUGAAGCAGCUGGGCCAGCCCAUCCAACAGCCAUCUAGCACUGGUGAGGUGAAGCUACCAAAUGGCCCAGCCAACAGGACAUCUCAGGUGAAAGUUGUAGAGGUCAAGCCUGAUAUGUUUCCUCCAUAUAAGUAUAGCUGCACCGUCACACUGGAUUUGGGCCUGGCUACAUCAAGAGGUCGGGGAAAGUGCAAGAAUCCCUCUUGUAGCUAUGUCUACACCAAUCGGCAUAAACCGCGGAUUUGUCCCAGCUGUGGUUUUAACCUUGCCAAAGACCGGACUGAGAAAACCACCAAGGUUCUCGAGGCGAGCUCACCACUCUCGGAUGUGCUGAGCGCCACAGAGCCCCUGAGCGCAGCCCAGAGGGAGAUCCAGCGCCAGUCAACGCUGCAGCUGCUGCGCAAAGUCCUGCAGAUUCCUGAGAAUGAAUCAGAGCUGGCUGAGGUCUUUGCCUUGAUUCAUGAACUCAAUAGCUCUCGACUCGUCCUGUCCAACGUGAGUGAGGAGACGGUCACCAUCGAGCAAACUUCUUGGUCGAAUUAUUAUGAGUCUCCAUCCACGCAGUGCCUUCUCUGUAGCAGCCCAUUGUUCAAAGGGGGACAAAACUCCCUGGCCGGGCCCCAGGAGUGCUGGUUGCUGACAGCCAGCUGGCUGCAGGUGGUGACUGCCCAGGUGAAGAUGUGUCUGAAUCCCCAUUGUUUGGCCCUGCACAGCUUCAUGGACAUCUAUACAGGUCUCUUUAAUGUGGGAAACAAGCUGCUAGUGAGCCUGGACUUGCUUUUUGCAAUCCGAAACCACAUCAAGCUGGGAGAGGACCCCAGAGUAUCCAUCAGCACUCUUCUGAAGUCAGUGCAGGAUCAGACAGACUUGGCGUUACUACAUGCUAAGCAGACUCAUUCUGAAUACGCAGCUUCUGGAGGUCUGCUCCCAUUUCCAAGGCUCAUGCUGAGACAUGAAGAGAAGACUCUUACCUCAGAGGAGCUGAGCCAGCUGCAGGAGCUGCUGUGCAAUGGCUAUUGGGCUUUUGAGUGCCUCACUGUCCGAGACUACAAUGACAUGAUCUGUGGCAUCUGUGGUGUGGCCCCCAAAGUGGAAGUUGCCCAGAGGAGUGAAGAAAACGUGCUGGCACUAAAGAGUGUGGAGUUCACCUGGCCUGACUUCUUGGCCUCUAGUGAGGUAAAUGUGGAGGACUUUUGGGCCACGAUGGAGACAGAAGUGAUUGAGCAGGUGGCCUUCCCCGCCAGCAUCCCUAUCACCAAGUUUGAUGCCUCUGUUAUUGCCCCCUUCUUCCCACCACUCAUGAGAGGAGCUGUGGUCGUCAACACUGAGAAAGACAAAAACCUGGAUGUGCAGCCAGUACCUGGCAAUGGCGGUGCCUUGGUACGGCUGCUCCGGGAGGGAGCCUGCAAGCUCGAGGAGAUCGGCUCCUACAGCGAGGAGGAGCUGCACUGCCUGCUGAGGCAGUGUGGCAUCCCCUUCGGGGCAGGAGACUCCAAGGACCAGCUCUGCUUCUCCUUGUUGGCCCUCUACGAAUCUGUUCAGAAUGGAGCCAGAGCUCGACAGCCCCCGCCUCAUCUCACAGGGGGUAAAAUCUACAAGAUGUGCCCCCAUCAGGUGGUGUGCGGCUCCAAGUAUCUUGUGCGGGGCGAGAGUGCCCUCGACCAUGUGGAUCUGCUCGUCUCCUCCCGCCAUUGGCCUCCUGUGUAUGUGGUCGACAUGGCCACACCAGUGGCCCUGUGUGCUGACCUCUGCUACCCAGAGCUGACCAACCAGAUGUGGGGGAGGAAUCAGGGCUGUUUCUCUAGCCCCACGGAGCCGCCUGUGAGCGUGUCCUGCCCAGAACUCUUGGACCAGCAUUAUACGGUGGACAUGACGGAGGCUGAGCACUCUGUCCAGCACCCGGUCACCAAGACUGCCACCCGGCGCAUCGUCCAUGCAGGCACGCAGCCCAGUCCUGGCGACCCCAGCGCUGGGCACCACUCCUUGGCCCUGUGUCCUGAGUUGGCGCCCUACGCAGCCAUCCUGUCCUCCUUCGCAGACAGCAAACCAAACAGCGUCCGCCAGCGGCCCAUUGCCUUUGACAAUGCCACCCACUAUUACCUCUACAACCGCCUCAUGGACUUCCUUACCAGUCGCGAGAUUGUCAACCGGCAGAUCCAUGACAUUGUGCAGAGCUGCCAGCCUGGCGAGGUGGUCAUCCGAGACACCCUCUACCGCCUCGGGGUUGCUCAGAUCAAGACAGAGACGGAGGAGGACGCUGAGGAAGAGGAGGUGGCCACAGCCGCAGAGUAAGCCGGGCUCUUGUGCAGGGACCGUACCGUCUCUCUCAAGCCAUAGUAAGGCCCUUGCCCGAGGCAGAUCCAUCCAGGGGACCAGCCUCUGAUGCUGGGACUGACCAAAGAGCUUCCAUUUCCUGAGCACGGUGGAGCCCAGGGUCCUUGGUUCUCAACCUUCUGGGGGUCGGGAGAGGCACCAGGACACUCUUUACUAGCCCCAAAAGAGCACUUGGGUGGCACCAUAUGUUCAAUAAAGGGGCAGGGAGGCUGAGAGAAGGCAGGUAGCUGCUGGCUUCCCAGGGGCGCCUGUGGGUCGGGGUGGAGGUCCUGGGUGGGCCAAGGCUGCUGAGGUUUCCCUUCCCACCCAGGGACACCGUUUUCAGCCCCUGCAGCCUGUUGCCUUUGUCUCGGGGCCUUGGGGGCUUCAUUAGCUCCAGGGGUCCCUUUGGGCUCUCGAUUCUCCCAGAGGACGAAUGCAUUCCCCUCCUGUUCUUCCUGCACCCACAUCUGGGGGCAGCUGAGAAAGGGUGAGCCACAGCUCUCUUCCAGGCCUAGCCUCCCUGCCCCAAGCUUUGAGGAAGAGGAUCCCCUUCCUCCUUUCCUGGUCACUGCUGCUGCGGCCUGCAUCCUCUCUGGACCCUCAUCACAGAGGGGAUGUGGCCCGUGAGCAUGACAUAACCUGGGGGCAGUAGGAAAAACUCCCUUCUGUGAAGGGUAAGCAGACUGGGCCGUAAGGAAACAGCAGGACUGGCUCAAGUGCCCAAAGUUUGCUUAGGGCACGGGAAUUGGCCGUGUUAUUUAAUUUAUUGAGAGGAGUGGAAUAGGUGGCUUUUUUCCCCUCCCUCUUCCCUGACCAGAAUAAAGUUUAUUAAAUUAUAUGGUUUGGGCGCAA